GGAAGGAGAACAACGACAGACACAAUGCAGCACUGGAAUUGUCCGCAGAUGAGGCGCGUCAUGCUGCUGGAGCAUUAGCAAAAUGCAGCAGCGAGCCCGAAAUCCUUUCCAAGAAACGUGUAGAGGACGACGCCGGCGCCCUCGAUGAUGCCGAUGGAAGCAGCUCCAGUGCGAUGCUGGUGGACACUGAGGUAGAUCAGGAGGCCGCAGAUUCAGGUGCCCUUGACUCAACGAAGAGCAGUCGCGUUGAACCAGUCGAGAAGAAAGAGGCAGCUGCAGAAGUAGGUGUAGAUCUUCUAGCAGCAGGAGCUCUAGUACCUCCAGCACUUGAAGCAGAACCCUCCAGCUCCACAGGUGUUCACGACUUGCUAGGGAAUGACGAAGGUGAAGAGGAAACGCUUCCAGUCGCAGAUGGGGAGGGUAAAACAUCAAAAGCAGCAGCUGAUAUUGAGGGUCCUCUCGAUCGCGAUCCGGCACCGUCUGCUUCUUCAUCUCUACCAGCUGUAGUUGCGCCAAAGGAAAAAGGAAGCUCCGGAGAGGACGAAAAGGAGAAGAAAUCUUCAGCGCCCUCAGUGUCCGAGCAAAAACAAAAGGCUGCUUCUUCUUCUAAACCAAAGUCAAUCCCGAUGAAAGUAGCCAAGCCUGCUAAGGCUAAAGGGGCAAGCAGGGCGAUGAAGAAAGUGCCAGUCGCAAUGAAGAAGGCUCCUGUAGCGGAAGCCAAGAGCAAGCCAUCGAAUUCGAAGCGCAGCAAGUCUAUAGCGAGAAAGCCAGCACCCGCACCGAAAUCCGCGAAGAACAACAACACCUCGAACAGUAGAGCACGAGCAAAAGCUCAAGCACAAGUCAAGAAGAGCCUUGCCAGAGCAAAGAACCCUAUCAAGACUAACAAAAUGAAAAGCGAUGAUAAGAAACAAGGUGAGCUUCCAUUCCUGGAUUCCUCGAAAGCAAAGCCUCAUAGUGACGAUUCCCGUGGUUCGUCUUCAACAUCAUGUGGCGGAACUACAACAAGGACAAACAAACUCUCACCGUCUACUUCUAGUACAAGAACUGAUGGAGCGGCAUCAUCAAGUACUAGCAGUAGUUGUACGAACAAGACUAAGCUCUCACCAUCUACGACUUCUACGUCCUCAUCUUCUACAACAACUCGCGAAUCAAGGGCAUCCUCAUCGAGUGCUUUGCCAGUCGGCAAAAGAGCUACUUCAUCAUGCGUGCCACUCAACCUAAAGGAGUUGAUAAAAAGCAGAACAGGUCGAGCUGUGUCAGUGUCGAGAAAGAGACCAAGAAAGGAUCCCUUGGCCUCACCUUCAGCAUCACCCUCAGCGUCACCAUCAGCCUCACCAACGUUUUUUCAUAUCCACGAUCCUUUGGCUUUCAUGCAUAACCCGUUCGCCAGAGGACUACAUCAAGCAGCUCCAAGCGCCAGUGGGCCAGGAGCAGACGACGAGGAUCCAUGGACCCGACAAGCCCGUCUAUUAGCGGCUGGAGGGUGGACCACAUCGUCUUCUUCUUCCGGAUCAACGGCCAAUGGAGGAGGACCACGAAUUGGUGUACCUGGACUUCUAAAUCCAGUAGAUGAAGCAGAAGAGGAGGACGUCGAACUUGAUGUGGUGGUUGAUCGCGACGAGGUGGAUCCCUCUCCCCAGCGCGAGGACGCGCCACAUGGGAUCAUGGAGACUAUUGAGACUUUUGUACCAACGCCCCCUGCGGAUCCCAAUGCAGCAUCGAGGACUUCUUUGCCUGAUGACGCGAUAUGCGAUAUAAUUUCGAAAGGAAGCCGAGACCACAGUGAGGUAGCUGCUUCACUUGACACUACAGCAAGUUCUGCAACCGCACAAGCUCCGAGUGCUAGUCUAAUUCCAGAACCGAUCCAGGAAAUCAAAGUAGAGCAACUUCCAACGCUGCGGAACGGUAGACCUGAGCCUGAAGAGAGGAAAGCUAAAACGGUAGUGGCGAAUGUAACUAGCGGUCUCAUCGACAAUGUUGUCGGUGAGAAUGUCCUCAUUUUAGCGCCGAAAGACACAACGAGGGUCUUGGAUGACCUAGUCCCGCGACAUGAAGGCACUGCAGUUGCCCCAAUUCUGCCUCUUCGCAUUAACCCUGCAUCGAUCAAGCAGGCGAAGGGGAAGAAUGCUGUAGGUGCACAGCCUGCGCCUCGUAAUGACUCGCAAGAGGCAGCGGAGGAACUAGCGGCUGAAGAUUUGCUGGACUUUCUUUGA